GAAAAUUACUGAGUGUGGGCAGGUGAGCAGAGGAGCAGAACUGACAGUCACAAGGACCGUCAUGACGGCCACUAACUGAUCGUCCCUGAAUGUUGCAAAUCGCAGGAUGGACUCAAGUGGGAAACCCUCGACUGCACAGAUUGUGGUUUUAGCCACCAGCUCUGCCCUGACUGCAGUCUUUUACUCCAUCUACAGGAGCAGAGCUUCAACUGUUGCCAGAUUAAAGGAAGCCAAGAAAGUCUGCAUCGACCAGGAUUUGAAGAACAUCCUGUCGGAAACUCCUGGAAGAUGUGUCCCGUACGCGGUCAUAGAAGGUGUAGUAAGAUCUGUGAAGGAGACUCUGAGCAGCCAGUUUGUUGAUAACUGCAAAGGAGUGAUUGAAAGACUGACGCUGAAGGAGGAGAAGAUGGUGUGGAAUCGCACCACUCAUCUGUGGAACAACACAGAGAAAGUCAUCCACCAGCGCACCAACACUGUUCCCUUCGCCCUCGGGUCUCAUGACGACGAUAUCGCCGCCACGAUACGGGUUGUGCGUCCACUAGACGCUGUCGAGCUGAACCUGGAGACCACCUACGAGAACUUUCACCCCACAGUCCAGUCCUUGUCCAACGUCAUCGGGCACUUCAUCAGCGGCGAGCGACCCAAGGGGAUCCAUGAAACUGAGGAGAUGCUGCGGCUGGGGGACAGCGUCACAGGAGUGGGAGAGCUGGUGCUGGACAACAACCUGAUCAAACUGCAGCCUCCCAAACAGGGCUUCCAGUACUUUCUCACCCGGCUGGACUACGAGUCUCUCCUCAGGAAGCAGGGCAACAGCGUCAGACUGUGGAGGAUCCUGACUCUCCUCUUUGGCGUCGCGGCUUGUUCAACGUUAAUCUUCAUUCUGUGGAAACGCUACGUCCACCACAGAGAGGGUAAGAAGGAGAGGAGCAUGCUGGAGGAGUUUAAGGAGAAGCAGAAGAAGCGUAUGCGUGAACUGAACAUCGAGGAGAGCAGCGUGUCGCCCAGCAGCUGCACGGUGUGUCUGAGCCGCGAGCGCUCCUGCGUCUUCCUGGAGUGCGGCCACGUGUGUGCCUGUGCUCAGUGCUACGACGUCCUGCCAGAGCCAAAGAAGUGCCCCAUCUGCAGGGCCGCUAUAGACCGCGUGGUGCCUCUUUACAACAGCUAGAGUAGGAAUGAAGAAUAUAUGUAAUACAACUCACUCUCACCAUCAUCUUAGAGAUGAAGAUGGUCUGUUGGUGCCUGAAAAAAAAAAAUCAUCUUUGUGGUUUUUUUUUACUUUUUUUUUUUACUCACUCCUUCAUAUGAAUAUUUUGUGUUUGUGCUGAGUCAUGAUACGACCACAUUUCCCAUCAGGCGUUCAAAUCAAAUUUGAAACCUGAAACUAAUAGAUCAAAUAAAAGCUCUUCUUUCACAGUGAGACAGAACAUUUAAUUUAUUUUUCAUCAAACCAUAUUUCAGCCCUGUGGCCUGACAGCAGUCAGUAUUCAAAGUUAAACUUUUUUCUAAGAGUCCUUCUCAAACAUUCGUCACAUUUUACAAUUUUUACACAGCAGCACUAAAUGGUGACUCUUUAGAACUACUCAAUGCAAUUAAGACUCAUCAAGACAUGUUUAACUUUCAGUAAGCAACGAUACAUAUUAUAAUUCUGAUGAUGUCCUGAGAUGUUUAAAGUCAGGGUUGGUCAUUUCCUCCAGAUUAAUUUUUUAAGAUUUUGGUUGAAGUUGUCUUUAGGUCCUGACAGAAAUUAAUAACUCAUGUUCUCUGAAAAUGGAACGACUAAAAUCCGUCAUCUGUAUCAGUUUGUAAGCCUGUAAAAACUUUGACCAAUGUCUGCCACGAGGUACCGAUCUGAUGAACCAAUCACAGCCUCCCUGUCUCCCACACUCAAAGCGCGUCACAGAUAAUGGAGUUUAUACUGCGAGUUUGUCAUUGGCCAUUGUGAGUAAUAAAAUAGUCCCGUUUUUUUUUUUUACAUGUAUUGUAAAGUUUAGUUUAAUUACUGCUGAAUGAGACAUUAGAUGACGUAGAUUCUACACAAUGAAAGCGAUGAGCUGAGGUCCGCUUCUGGAGUAACGGCGCUCAUGCAUGUAAGUGAGGGGGCGUGGCUUUUGAGGGAGCACAGAGGGGAGGGGGUGGGUGCAGACGGAGCACUGAUGGAAUGCUACUUUCUAAAUCGUGCUAGUUUUUGAAAAUUACCAGCCCUGCCUUUAAAGACUCAAAAUCAUUGAGUAGGAAAGCCAUCUCAUAUCAAGAAAAGAGACGCUUAUCACCAUAUUAGGCUGUUUUUUCAUCUUCAGUCCUUGACAGGUUUAAACGGAGUGAAAGUACACUCUUUAAAAAGCAACAGAAACUGUCACACAAUCAGUGAAUAGUUUUCAUUCCUCCCUGCAUUUUUUUGUGGAGCUUCUUGCGGCUGUAGAGAGAUGUCAAGGAGGAACAUUCUUUUGAUUUGUGAAGUGGGUUCGAGUGACUCUGUCCGAACACACCGGGGAAGAUUUCUAAGAAAGACUGUACCGACAUUUAGAUGUAUUUUGAGAAAUUUGGCCAAUUUUUAUUGUGAGUAUUUUCAUUUGAUGAGCAGGUAAAGUCAGAACAGUUCAGUCGACCCGAUCCGUGUGAGACUUGAAUAAAGUUCCAGAAGGUUUUUUGGGGUUGAGGUUUUUAGUGGGGUUUUUUUUUUGUAGCACAGGAAGAGGAAACGGUUGUGGUUCAGACUAAAAUGUAAGAUUAAGUAUUAGUGGUGGGGGGAAUAUUUGCACAAGCUUCUGUUGAGUUGUCGAAUUUUUACAGACAAAAGCUAGUGGACUGAUUCUGUCCUGCUAAAAAGACACAAAUCACAUCCACAAGAACGACUUAAAAGUGACAACAUAUUUAAACACAGGGAUGAACUCCUGGACCAUCACGGGGACAUUGUAACUGACACUCCAAUAAGGACAAAUGUAGAUGACAUACUGUGUGAAUUACUGUAUUAAAACAAAAACCUACAUUGUAUGAAAGAAAAACAGAGAGAACUAUUUGAGGACGAUGGAAUAUUUUCUGCCAGGAGAGGGCGCUGUCUGCACGUUUGGAUAAAGAAGAAGAUGUGGACGUGCAGUCACUGAGCACAAACGAUCACAACAAGAAUGUGAUGCCACUUGAUAAAAGCUGCUGAUGUUCACUCUCACUGGUUUUCUCACACCUUGUUAACCUCAUUGCAAACUGCCUGUACCUGGAAAAAUACUCAGAAGACACCACAUCUGAAAUUGUAGUUUUCAAAAUCGUAUUAAUUGAAAGAAUGAAAUCCUCUGUUUAGCUUCAGUGUUGAAUAAAAAUGAAUCAAUUAC